AUGACGAUUAGUGCACAACAGUUAAACCAAACAAAAGCAACAAUUGAUAUGGCCGAGGAGGUAAACCCUCCUUUGGUAGACGAACCCAUUGAUGAAGAUAUACCCGUCGAAAAGUUUUACGGUAAAGAAAAACCAACUCCGGAAAUUUUAGAAAAAUUUGAUUUGGUAGAUCUCGCUGAAGAAUGGGUCAGUAAGUUUAAUUUGCUUCUUGAUGCAGGUAGGAAGUCAAAAAUCACGAAUAAGGACUUCGAGGACGUCUUUGUCCCACAUGCUGGUUGGAAAGAUCAAUUAACUUUAUCUUGGGAUUUUCACCAAUAUUUUGGCCUGAAAGACUUGGUGAAUAACUUGAACAAAAGUUUGCCAACAUUCAGUUUAAAAAAUGUUAGCGUUAAUAAGGAAGCUGAUUUGAAAAAUAACCCAGAAGGUGUAUCUAUAAGCGUUAUUCACCCAGCCAAUAAGGAUAGUGCAGUCCCUAUCCAGUGGGUUCAGUUCUUGGUAAAGUUUGAGAAUGAGUUUGGUUAUGGUGCUGGAGUUGUCAGAUUAGUAACGGUUGAAAAUACAGUUAAAGCUCUCGCUAUUUAUACAGGCUUAGAAAAUAUCAAGGGAAAUGAAGAGCAAAUUCGUAGCAGAAGACCCGAAGGUGUGAAUCAUGGCCAGCAUAAGGGAAGAGUUUCAUGGCUUGAUAAACGUGAAGAGGAUUUCAAGUGGGGUGGAGAGAAGCAGCCAACAGUAUUGAUUGUUGGUGGUGGUCACAGUGGAUUAGACGUUUCUGCAAGAUUGAAAGUUAUGGGAGUAGACUCAUUAAUUGUUGAACAAAAUCCACGUAUUGGUGACAAUUGGAGAAAUAGGUAUAAAUUUUUAGUUUUACAUGACCCCGUUUGGCUGGACCAUUUGCCUUACCUCAAUUUCCCUGACAACUGGCCCAUUUACACUCCAAAGGAUAAAAUAGCAGAAUGGUUCGAGUCUUACGUUCAGACUCUUGAAUUAAGUUUCUGGACCAGCAAGACCGUAAAAGGAGCUAAAUUUGAUGACCUGACGAAGACUUGGACAGUUGAAAUUGUGGAUAAUCAAACCAAAAAAGUGACUGUUUUGAACCCGAAGCACUUGGUCAUGGCAACAGGUCACUCAGGUGAACCUAAUGUCCCUCACUUCAAGGACGAGGAUAAAUUUAAGGGAAAGAUAGUCCAUUCUUCGAAACAUACCACAGGUAAGUCAUAUCAAGGAAAGAAUGCAUUAGUGGUAGGUUGCUGCAAUUCUGGUCAUGAUAUUGCUCAUGACUUUUACGAGCAAGGCGCCACUCCUACUUUGAUCCAAAGAUCAAGUACAUGUAUUCUCACAGUUGAUAAGGGUGCUCCUAUACUCGGAAAGGGAUUGUAUGAAGAAGGUGGUCCACCAACUGAAAUCGCAGAUCUUAUUGGUAAUUCCUUCAAUUGGAAAUUGCAAAACUUGUGUAUGCAACAGCAAACAAGACAGGUCUCCAAAAUAGAAGAUGAUUUAAGGUCGUCUUUGAAGAAGGCAGGUUUCAGGAUCGAUUCUGGCUACGGAGGAACUGGUCUUUACGGUAAAUACUACAGACGUGGCGGAGGCUACUACAUCGAUGUUGGUUGCUCAAAGCUUAUCUGUGAUGGAAGUAUUGGAAUGAAGCAGGGUUGUGAAAUAGAACGAUUCAUAGAAAAUGGAGUUGUUUUUACUGACGGAACCAAGAUUGAUAAUGUUGCCAUCGUAGUUUUGGCAACAGGGUACUCUAAUAUGAGAGAUACAGCAAGGAGAAUCUUCGGAGAUCUGGUUGCUGAUAGGUUGAAUCCUGUAUGGGGAUAUGAUAAUGAAGGAGAAAUCGCAACCAUGUGGAGAGAUUCUGGCCAUCCAAAUUUCUGGUACAUGGGCGGAAACCUCACGUUUGCUAGAAUUUACUCCAAGAAGUUGGCUUUGAAGAUUAUUGCGGCAGAGCGUGGUUUUACUUAG